AUGGAAUGGUUAAAAGAUAAAAUGGGUUUGGUGGGUCGAAAUAGUACAGAGGGCGAUGCGCUGGAGUCAGCCCAGGAACGUCGAGAGCGAUGGAGGAGUGUUUAUAUCAUAUAUUUCACUAUGUUCCAAAUGUCACUUGGUUUCAGUAUCGUGCUUACUGGCGUGUGGCCUUACCUUGAUAAGUUGCAGCCAGGGUCCAGCAAAGAAGCAUUAGGAUUGGCAGUUGGAGCCAGUCCUCUUGGUCAACUCGCUGCCUCGCCUUUACUAGGUUUUUGGGCAAACCGAGCAGGCAGUGCCCGUGGCCCAAUGUUAACAACCCUGGCAUUGUUCGUCAUGGCCUCAACUUUAUACGCACAUUUACACUUGACACGUCCAUAUGCUCAUCAUUGGAUGCUGGCAGCGAGAGCUCUCGUUGGAUUUGCAAGACUUGUAUUAAUUUUUUUAGCGAAUGUGGCCGUAGCAAGGUCAUAUUUGUCGGCUGCAACCCGUGAAAGCGAAAGAACGAGAGCUGUUGCUGGAGCAUCAUUGGCCCAAGUCCUUGGUUUUGUAGUUGGACCAGCUCUACAGGCUGCUGUUGCCCCUCUCGGGCCUGGAGAUUCUUAUCCUCCACUUGGGCAAUACAAUCAUCCAAUAAGGUUGGAUAUGUACACAGCUGCCGGUUGGAUUAACGCAGUAUUGGGACUCAUCAAUUUUAUUCUAUUUCUUCCUUUCUUUUUUAAAGAAAAGAAGAUAGCCGCCAGAGAAGCUAUGUUGGCUCAUGGCAAAGAAACGGAAAAAGAAGCAAUGAAGGCUAUUAAGCCGGACUAUGUCAGUAGUUGGAUGCUUGUUGGUGCCUUUUUUGUUUUGGUGUUUAACUUCGUUCUGCUCGAAACUCUGGCAACUUCCCUAACUAUGGAUCAGUUUGCAUGGAAUAAGAAGCAAGCAUUAGAAUACAUGGGAGCACUCAUGAGCGCCGGCGCAAUCGUAGCUUGUGUAGUGUUCGCGCUCAUUACCCCACUUACUAAGUUAUUCGAGGAAAGAGCAUUGUUACUCUGGGGAGGUUUUCUAUUAACUGGCAUGGCGUCAAUACUAUGCAUUCCCUGGGGCCCGGGACCUCCACCAUUAGCGGGUAAUUCAGGUGUAACGGAGGAGGCAGGUGGUGGCUGCCCUCAACACAGCCAGCCCUGGUGCGAGAAUUCACGCGGUUUAACUAUAGUGCAAUUCUUGUUGGGAUACGCCUGUGUAUCUAUUGGUUAUCCGCUAGGAGUUACACUUAUACAAACUAUAUUUUCUAAGGUUCUAGGUCCUCGACCUCAAGGCGUCUGGAUGGGAAUCCUCACAGGAGCGGGAUGCGUCUCACGUGCACUUGGUCCAGUGUUCGUGUCAGCAGUUUACGCUCGACGUGGACCAGAUGCAACCUUCGCUUCGACUGCAGCUUUAACCUUCGUAGCGUUGUUAGCUUUGAGGCUCGUAUACUCCAGGCUAAAACCACCUCCCAGCCCAGAGGUCAUACCACCGAGGGAGAUGAUGCCGUUAAAACAGAAUGAAAACGUAUCGUGA